AUGGCUAUGCGCAAUGUCGGUGUGAAGACUAGCCAAAUCAUGGACUAUAUGGUAAAUCAGUCCGGGUCUUAUGAGAAUGUUGGUUUCAUCCGUACGGAUCUGCACAACCAUAUUCAAGCCGAACGUAGAGCAGAAGUUGAGGAUGGUGAUGCGCAGGCUAAUGAGACAAUUGAAACAUACACGUGGGUUUUGGAAACAUUUAUGGAGGCGAUAGGCAAUAAAGCACCUGUGUCCGUACUGACAGAUGGGGAUAAGUCGAUGCGAGAGGCAAUCAGAAGAGUAUUUCCAGAUGCAAGACAUCGAUUAUGUAAUUGGCAUCUUGGGAAAAAUGCUGUUUCAAAUGUUCACAUAAGUGGCUUUGCACAUGCUUUCAAGCAGUGCAUGGACAUGGAAACGGAUGAGACAAAGUUUGAGCAUGGCUGGACGACAAUGGUCGAAGAAUUUGGACUUCAAACCAACAGUUGGGUGUUGGAGACAUAUGAGAAGCGUCAUAUGUGGGCUGAGGCAUAUAUGCGUGGACAUUUCUUUGCUGGGAUGAAGAGCACUCAGCGCUCGGAGUGUAUGAAUGCUUAUUUCAAUCCCUUCCUCCAACACAAAUUGAAGCUAUAUGAAUUUGUUAGGCACUAUGAUCGGGCUCUUGCAAGGAUAAGGUAUAACGAGGCUGGAGAUGAUGCUGAAACAAAUAACACUUUUCCGAUGGACAAGGGCUGCAAGCAAGGAUGGCCAGCAAUGGCCUCAACCCUCAAUUGA